CCCGCUCCCCCCGCCUCGGAGGGCUAUUAAAAGCUGCUGACGUAGGAGCGGACGGCCAUCUUUGAUGAGGGCACGGCUCCCGAUCCAUUGAAGAAGGAGACCCGCGGAGGUCAGCAGCCUCCUGUCCUUGCCUCCUAUCCAGCUGCGGCACCAACCCACCGACCGCGCCGUGCCGCGCUCCGCCAGCCCAGGCUCACAAAGCAGCUGAGUGCAACUCCUGAUCUGCAGCGUCCCCAAGCACCCCCACAGCUAAAAUGGCAGAAGACGCGGAUAUGCGCAAUGAGUUGGAAGAAAUGCAGCGGCGUGCCGACCAGCUUGCUGAUGAAUCCCUUGAGAGCACCCGUCGAAUGCUGCAGCUUGUUGAAGAGAGUAAAGAUGCUGGUAUCAGGACUUUGGUUAUGUUGGAUGAGCAAGGAGAACAACUCGAUCGUGUUGAAGAAGGCAUGAACCAUAUCAACCAAGACAUGAAGGAGGCCGAGAAAAAUUUAAAAGAUUUAGGGAAAUGCUGUGGCCUUUUCAUAUGUCCUUGUAACAAGCUUAAAUCGAGUGAUGCUUACAAAAAGGCCUGGGGCAAUAAUCAGGAUGGUGUUGUAGCCAGCCAGCCUGCACGUGUCGUAGAUGAACGGGAGCAGAUGGCCAUCAGUGGUGGCUUUAUCCGCAGGGUAACAAACGAUGCCCGGGAAAAUGAAAUGGAUGAGAACCUCGAGCAGGUCAGCGGCAUCAUUGGCAACUUACGUCACAUGGCCUUGGACAUGGGCAACGAGAUCGAUACACAGAACCGCCAGAUUGACAGGAUCAUGGAGAAGGCUGAUUCCAACAAAACCAGGAUUGAUGAAGCCAACCAGCGUGCAACAAAGAUGCUGGGCAGCGGCUAAAUGCAGAAAAGUGCAUUUCCUUUUAAUGUUGUCCAGCAGGGCAGCACCUUCAUGCUUUUCUCAUGGUAUUUAUCUACUAGGUUUGCACACAUGCACAUAUCAGCCCCAUUGUAAAUGUUGUCCUGUGUAGUUUGUCAGCUUUCCAAAAAUGAUACUUGUAAUUAUUUUUUUCUAGAUAUCUUUCUUUCCAAAGGUUGUACAUAGUGCUGAUUUGAUGGCUAUAGCUCACUAUGAUGUUUUUUGGGGUUCUCCCUUUCCUUUCAUUGUUUCCAAUUUGGAUUCCUUUCCUUUUUUUUCCCUCUCCUCAUUUUUAUUUUUUUUUGAUGUUUGCUGAAUGACAACACUGUUGGAAUGCUAAACGUGCUGUUAACCUUUAAAUAUACAGUAUUGUUCUUGUAAAACUGUGACAUUCCACAGAGCUACUGCCAUGCUCCUGUCUUUGGGUAUCAUGAUGUUUAAGCACUUAAACCUGCUGUCCUGAGUUCUUCAUUGCCUUUAUCUGUUGUUAUGAUUUCAUGAUUAGAAAAUGUGGAAUUAUAUUACUAUAACAAGCAUUGCACUAAAAAGUGAUGUGAUUUAUGCAUUUAUGCAUGAGGAAUAAAUAGACUUCUAGACUCCUACUUAAACAAGAAUUUUCCCAUGGCAGUAGCACACCAACAAUGACAACAAAAGCAUGCUCAGUAUUCGGACAAUUUUGGGACUAUGUUAUACCAGCAAGUUUGCAAUUGUGCCACUUUUUUCUUGUUGAUAUAUAUAUAGUUAUUAAUCAUGAUCAUUUUUUUAAUUAUGAAAAAAAGAGGGAUUUGGCACUCACCAUUUAGCCAUUGUCAGCAAAAUAAAAGCUUGGCUGAAAAUAUGUCAAAGACAAAAAGAAAUAAGUGUAAUAUAUUGGGUUUGUCUGUUGCUUUUGAAGACUAUCUUUUGGAGGACACAACUACCAUAUGAAAUGGUGCAAAGAAAUGUAAUUUUUAUAAGGCUCUCUCUUACUAGUCGCUAUCCCCAUGUGGUUGGUUAUCAGUACAGUUCUCUGUUGCUUACCUAGAGCUAUGCACACCAGAUCGCUGAGAUGUUUAGUAGCUGACAAUUAAAAAUAAUUUAAAAACCUAAAUGAAUGAACUCUAGAUAAACUGUGAGAUAAAUAUCAUUUACAGCAUGUAAUAUGAAAAUUCCUUAUGUCUCCUGUCAGUUUGUGAAGUGAUUGACAUUUUGUAGCUAGUUUAAAGAUUAUUAAAAAUUAUAGAUCUCAGAA